AUUUGUCAGAGCGAAUGGUGUCUGCUUGCCUCGAUGCUCGUGCGCAUGUUACUUAAUGUUCUGUUAACAAUAUCUACUACAAUCAGGGUCUUGACUGCUUGAAAACCUCCAUGGUUCGCCCGGCUCUCUUCAUCAUGAUGUUAUUACAGUUGUGAGCUCGCUUGUGUCUUUUGUUUUUCCGGCUGAAGCUACUGAGUGGACUGGUACCAGGAGGAGGAGGAGGAGGAGGACUUGGUUCCCCUGCCUGAGGGAAAACCCGAGCAGAAAAAGACAAUAAUGCAACAUUGGACUUUGCUCGUGUGUUAUUUCUGUACUGAUAGGGUGGUUUGAACGGACUGCGGAAAUACAACACAUUAUUGCUUUUGUUUUCUUCAAUGCACGGCCACUAGAACAGAAUACGAGGAAAGCGCUGCAACGUUACAAGUCCGGGAUCAUCACCUCAGACCCAAGACAGUCCUCGACAAACAGGGUGUAACCCUAAAACCCGAGGCAGGAUGUCUUCUACGAAAUACAAGAAGGAUAAGGAGAUCAUAGCGGACUAUGAGACCCAAGUGAAAGAGAUCCGUAACCAGCUGGUGGAGCAGUUCAAAUGUUUGGAGCAACAGUCCGAGUCUCGGAUCCAGCUGCUGCAGGACCUGCAGGAGUUCUUCCGCCGCAAGUCAGAGAUUGAACUGGAAUACUCCCGCAGCUUAGACAAACUGGCCGAGAGGUUCUCCUCCAAGAUCCGCAGCUCCAGGGAGCACCAACAGUUCAAGAAAGACCAGCACCUGCUGUCCUCAGUAAACUGCUGGUACCUGGUGCUGAACCAGACGAGGCGAGAGAGCCGUGACCAUGCCACCCUCAGCGACAUCUACACUAACAACGUCAUCCUCCGCUUUGCACAGAUCAGCGAGGACAUCAUCCGCCUGUUCAAGAAGAGCAAGGACAUUGGGAUCCAGAUGCACGAGGAGCUGGUGAAGGUGACGAAUGAACUCUACACUGUGAUGAAAACAUACCACAUGUACCACACUGAGAGCAUCAGUGCAGAGAGCAAGCUGAAGGAUGCUGAGAAGCAGGAGGAGAAGCAGUUCAGCAAGUCCGGAGAUCUCAACGUUAACCUCCUGCGCCACGAGGACCGCCAACCAAGACGCAGCUUUGUCAGGAAAAUAGAAAAAAUAAAAGAGAAGAGGCAAGCAAAGUAUUCCGAGAACAAGCUGAAAUGCACAAAAGCCCGGAAUGACUAUUUGUUGAACCUCGCAGCAACAAAUGCUGUUGUGGCGAAAUAUUACAUCCAUGACGUCUCUGAUAUGAUUGAUUGCUGUGACCUGGGCUACCAUGCUAGCCUUGCACGCACUCUCAGGACCUACUUAUCUGCCGAGUACAACUUGGAGACAUCACGCCAUGAGGGACUGGAUAUCAUAGAGAAUGCGGUGGACAACCUGGAUAACCGCAGUGACAAGCACAAGAUCAUGGAUAUGCAUAACCAGGUGUUCUGCCCUCCAAUGCGCUUUGACUACCUGCCACACAUGGGAGAUGAGGUGUGCCAGGUGAGCGCCCAGCAGCCGGUCCAGACUGAACUCCUAAUGCGCUACCACCAGCUGCAGUCUCGCUUAACUACGCUGAAGAUUGAGAAUGAGGAGGUGAGAAAGACCUUGGAUGCCACCAUGCAGACGCUGCAGGACAUGCUGACGGUAGAGGACUUUGACGUGUCGGAUGCCUUCCAACACAGCCGCUCCACUGAAUCCAUUAAGUCCGUGGCCUCCGAGUCCUACAUGAGCAAGCUGAAUGUAGCCAAGAGGAGGUCGAACCAACACGAGACUGAAAUGUUUUACUUUUCUAAAUUCAAGGAGUACCUCAACGGCAGUAACCUCAUCAUUAAGUUGCAGGCCAAGCAUGACUUACUGAAGCAGACGCUGGGCGAAGGGGAAAGGGCUGAGUGUGGAACUACAAGGCCGCCCACACUUCCCCCUAAACCACAGAAAUUGCGGAAGCCUAGGCCACGCUCUUCGUAUAACCAUAAGCUGUUUAACGGCAAUAUGGAGACCUUCAUUGAGGAUUCUGGUCAACCAAUCCCACUGGUUGUUGAAAGCUGUGUAAGACACAUCAACCUAUACGGCUUGCAGCAGCAAGGCAUAUUUCGUGUGCCGGGUUCACAGGUGGAAGUCAAUGACAUUAAGAACUCAUUUGAGAGGGGUGAAGAUCCCUUGGUUGAUGACCAGAAUGACCAUGAUAUCAACUCAGUGGCAGGGGUGCUGAAGCUCUACUUCAGGGGACUGGAGAACCCCAUCUUCCCAAAGGAGCGCUUCCUGGACUUCAUCUCUACUAUCAAGCUUGAGACUGGAGCUGAGAGAGCUCAUCACAUCCAACAGAUUACUGUGACGCUUUCCCGCACCAUCAUCAUCGUCAUGAGAUACCUUUUUGCUUUUCUCAAUCAUCUCUCCCAGUACAGCGACGAGAACAUGAUGGAUCCAUACAAUUUGGCAAUUUGCUUUGGUCCAACCCUGAUGCCAAUCCCGGACGGAUAUGAUCCUGUAUCGUACCAGGCACAUGUCAACGAGGUCGUCAAGACCAUCAUCAUGCACCAGGAACUCAUCUUUCCCAAUCAACGUGAGCUGGACGGCCCCGUCUACGAGAAGUGCAUGAGUGGGGGGGAGGAGUACUGUGACAGCCCACACAGUGAACCAGGAACUAUUGACGAGGCUGACAAUGGAACUGAACCGCACACCAGUGAUGAAGAGGUUGAACAGAUUGAGGCCAUCGCUAAAUUUGAUUACGUGGGACGCACUCCCAGGGAGCUGUCCUUCAAGAAGGGAGCAUCUCUGCUUCUGUACCACAGAGCGUCUGAAGACUGGUGGGAGGGACGCCACAAUGGUGUGGAUGGCCUCAUCCCACAUCAGUACAUUGUGGUACAAGAUCUGGAUGAUGCUUUCUCUGAUAACCUCAGCCAGAAAGCGGAUAGUGAAGCGAGCAGUGGACCACUGCUGGAUGAUAAGGGCUCAUUCAAAAAUGAUGCCCCUUCACCCUGUGAACCAUCACCUGAUUACAACUUUGGUGGAGUCAUGGGGAGGUAG